CCUACAAAAAUAACAAUGCAAGGGCAUACAGGGCGGUUAUUAAAAUCCUUGUGUUUCAUGAGUUUAACAUUUCUGCUUGUGCACAUCAUCUUUCAAAUCACAAUAGCCAGCCUUGAAGCUGCAAAAACUAUUCAACCUAAUUAUAACUGUUUGACAUGGGAAAAAGCACUAAGGCAUAUUGGAUUUGAAAGUGUCAAAGGGGCAGAUGCUGGCAAUGGGAUCCGGAUUUUUGUUCCUGAUAUUCUCAUGUUUAUUGCUAGCCUGGUCACAUGGCUUGUGUGCAGAAACAUUGUUCAAAAGGCAGAACAAGAAAAUUUGGGAGAAUACAAUGAACAGUUUGAAAAUGAAGACAUGAAUGAAAUUGAGAGAAUAGAGGCUGAAGAGGCAUUAAUAUGUGAAGAUCUAGAUGAUGAAGAAUGUGAAGAGGAAGAAACCACAAAAUUAAAAAUACUCCGCAGAAUUGCCUCCAUAGCUUCCAAAGUGAAGGAAAUUAUUGGUAACCUUAUAAUCACAGCUGGAAAAGUUGUUGUUACAAUUUUACUUGGUACAACAGGAAUGAUGUUGCCUUCCCUGACUUCAGCUGUAUAUUUCUUUUUAUUCUUGGGCUUGUGCACAUGGUGGUCCUGUUGUCGAGCAUUUGAUCCUCUGAUCUUCAGCUGCCUUUGUGUGUUAAUGACAAUAUUCAGUGGAGGCCAUUUAAUUGCACUUUAUCUGUACCAAUUACAAUUUUUUCAGGAAAUCAUUCCACCUGGUGACUAUUAUGCCCGGUUGUUUGGUAUCACUCCACUUGUUCAGACCAACUGUUCAAGCACCUGGAAACUCAUAACCAACCAAAAUUUGAAUUGGUACCACCGUACCAACCCUAUCUUGCUGCUACUCUUAUAUUAUACCCUAGCAACUCUGAUUCGACUUUGGUUUAAUGAACCUAUUAUGUCUGACGAUGAAAAAUCAGAUAUAAAUAAGGAAGAUGAAAUAGAGUGCACCCCAAUUCAAAUAACUGCAGACAGAAGACGCAGCUUGUGGUAUACAAGUCACUACACAACUGAUGAGAGAAAACUUCUGUCAAUGACUCAGGAUGAACACAAGCCACCUGACGUCCUGCUUGUGACACUGAAUGGUACACCUGUUGAUUUUCAAAGCAUACACCCUUUGCGCCCUAUAGAAAAUGGACCUGCCAAGACAGAUCUGUACUCAAGACCACAAUACAAGUGGGAUCCCUCAGCUAACGAUCUAGAAAAGAAAGAAGUGGAAGAGGAAGGAGAGGAGGAGGAAGAAGAAGAAAAUUCAGAGGAAGAAGAAAGCUCCAAAGUUCAUGCAAUGGUCUCAGUUUUCCAUUUUAUCAUGAAACAGAGUUAUGUCUGUGCUUUGAUCGCCAUGAUGGCCUGGAGUAUUACUUACCACAGUUGGUUAACAUUUGUAUUAUUGAUAUGGUCUUGCAUACUUUGGAUGCUUCGUGACCGUAGGAAAUAUGCAAUGAUAAGUUCACCUUUUAUGGUGGCUUAUGGAAACUUAUUAUUAACAUUUCAAUAUAUAUGGAGUUUUGAGAUGAAUGAUAGUGAACUUCCUCAAGUUUCUGGAUUUCUAGAACGGAAAGCACCUCCUGAAUUAGGAUCAAAGAUAUUUUUUGGACUUACUUUUUGGCUGCUGUUGAGACAACAUCUCACUGAGCGGAAGUCUUUGCAAUUAAAUGAAACUGUUUUGUCAGAGGUCAAAAUUGGAGAGGAAGAGAGUGAAGAAAAAGAUGAUGAAUCCCAAAAAGAAGAAGAAGAAUCCUCCAAAGAAGAAGAGAAAGAGGAAGAAGAAGGGGGGGAAUUAGAGGAGAAGGAAGAAGAAGAGGAGGAGGAAGAAGAAGAAGAGGAAGAAGAAGAUGAUGUAAUGAAAGUCCUAGGGAACAUGGUGAUGGCGAUGUUUGUUAAGUACUGGAUUUAUGUCUGCGGAGGAAUGUUCUUCUUUGUCAGCUUUGAGGGAAAAAUUGUCAUGUACAAAAUCAUCUAUAUGAUGCUCUUCUUGUUUUGCGUAGUCCUCUAUCAGGUCCACUAUGACUGGUGGAGACGAAUUCUGAAAUAUUUUUGGAUGUCAGUUGUGGUUUACACUAUGUUAGUGCUUGUUUUCAUUUACACAUAUCAGUUUAAAGCAUUCCCUGACUUGUGGAAAAACAUGACAAACAUGAAUGAUGAUCAGCUAAAGGAUCUUGGCUUAGAACAGUAUUCUAUAGCAGAAUUAUUUACUCGCAUUUUUAUCCCAACGUCCUUUCUCUUGGUAUGCAUAUUGCACUUGCAUUACUUCCAUGAUCGAUUCCUCCAACUCACAGAUUUAAAAGCCAUAGUCAGCAAACAAGACAGUGCUAUUUACAGACUGGUGCAUCAAGAUGAAAGCUUGCCUGAUCUCACAAUGAUGAAUUUGAAUGCCAACAUUGAACAGGAAGAGGACAAAAUGUUUCAAGAUCAAGAAAAAAUGCUGCAGGAAGAAAAUAUAGUGGAAAGAAGAAAAAGUGAAAAUGAAGUAGAUGAUAAUGAAAAAAAGGAAGAAGAAUUGGAUGAAGAAGGUGAAGGUGAAGAUGAGGAUGAAGAUGAAGAUGAGGAUGAAUCGGAGAUAGGAGGAAUAUCAGAUUUAAAGAACAAAUGGCAUUUGGUAAUUGACCGUCUAACUGUACUUUUCUUGAAGUUUCUGGAAUGCUUUCAUAAGCUUCAAGUUUUUGUAUGGUGGCUUUUGGAACUACACAUAAUCAAAAUUGUGUCAUCAUAUAUUAUAUGGGUAACAGUAAAAGAGGUUUCUCUCAUUAACUAUGUGUUUAUAAUUGCCUGGGCUUUUGCUUUACCAUAUUCUCAGUUCCGUCCAUUGGCAUCCGGUGUCUGCACAGUUUGGACCUGUGUGAUUAUUAUCUGUAAAAUGUUGUACCAGCUUGAAUCUAUUAACGUUGCAUCAUUUUCUAUCAGUUGUCCAAUGCCUAAUACUACUGAAAAUCAGGAAAACCUGAAUGAAUCACUUCUCUACAAAAAACCCAUUGAUCCAACUGAGUGGGUUGGAUUAAGAAAGUCCUAUCCAUUGCUUGUGUACUUGAGGAAUAAUUUGCUGAUGCUGGCAAUUCUGGCCUUUGAAGUUACUGUUUACCGACACCAAGAAUACUACCGAUGUCAUAAUAACCUCACUGCUCCAGAAACCAAAACUAUUUUUCAUGAUAUUACCAGAUUACAUUUGGAUGAUGGCAUAGUUAAUUGCCUUAAGUAUUUUGUAAACUACUUCUUCUACAAAUUUGGUUUGGAGAGUUGUUUCCUGUUGUCCGUAAAUGUAAUUGGUCAACGGAUGGAUUUCUAUGCAAUGAUCCAUGGCUUUGCUUUAAUUGCUGUUUUGUAUCGGCGGAGAAGAAAAGCUAUUGCAGAAAUAUGGCCCAAGUACUGUUGCUUUCUGUCAUGCAUUAUUACAUUCCAGUACUUCAUGUGUAUUGGAAUCCCACCUGCACCUUGUAAGGAUUACCCAUGGAGAUAUCCAAAUGCCAACUUCAACUCUAAUAUCAUCAAAUGGUUAUACUUUCCAGAUUUUGUUGUUAAACCAAAUCCAGUCUUCCUUGUGUAUGAUUUCAUGUUGCUACUAUGCGCAUCCUUACAAAGGCAGACAUUUGAAGAUGAGAACAAGGCUGCUGUACGUAUCAUGGCUGGAGACAAUGUAGAAAUCUGUAUGAACCUUGAAGCAGCUUCAUUUAGUCAACACAACCCUGUCCCUGAUUUUAUUCAUUGCCGAUCUUAUCUAGACAUGGGUAAAGUGGUUAUGUUCAGUUAUCUCUUCUGGUUUGUUCUUACUAUCAUCUUUAUAACGGGAACCACUCGGAUCAGUAUAUUUUGUAUGGGUUACUUGGUAGCCUGUUUUUAUUUUCUACUUUUUGGAGGAGAUCUGUUACUGAAGCCAAUCAGAAGCAUCCUUCGAUAUUGGGAUUGGCUGAUUGCUUAUAAUGUCUUUGUGAUUAUAAUGAAAAAUAUAUUAUCGAUAGGAGCAUGCGGCUACAUCAAGUCAUUGAUCAACAAUAGCUGUUGGGUGAUUCAAGCAUUCAGUCUGGCUUGUACAGUUAAAGGUUAUGACAUCCCUUUGGAUGAUCCAGAGUGUAAAUUGCCAAGUGGAGAGGCAGGAAUAAUCUGGGAUAGCAUUUGCUUUGCUUUUCUAUUGCUCCAAAGAAGAGUUUUCAUGAGUUACUACUACCUUCAUGUGGUUGCUGAUAUUAAAGCUUCACAGAUUCUGGCAUCCAGAGGUGCUGAACUCUUCCAGGCCACAAUUGUGAAAGCUGUAAAAGCAAGACUUGAGGACGAGAAAAAAUCAAUGGAUCAACUGAAGAAACAGAUGGAUCAUAUCAAAGCCAGACAACAGAAGUAUAAAAAGGGUAAAGAAAGGGUGCUGAGUAUGAGUCAAGAAGCCUCGGAUGAGCAAGAAAUUCAAAAGGUUGCUGAAGAAGAAGAUGAUGAUGAUGCAGACAAAGAAAAGACCAAGGGCAAAAAAAAGCAGUGGUGGCGGCCUUGGGUUGAUCAUGCUUCCAUGGUCAGAAGUGGAGAUUAUUAUUUGUUUGAGUCGGACAGUGAAGAAGAGGAGGAAGAGGAAGGAAAGGAAGAGGAAGAGCCUCCCAAAAGAUCUGCUUUCCAGUUUCUUUAUCAGGCUUGGAUUACUGAUCCUAAAACUGCCCUACGACAGAGGCUCAAAGAGAAUAAAAAGAAUAAAAAAAGGCAGAAAUUAUCUGAUGAUGUUGAAAUAGAUAUGGAGGGUGCAGAAAGAGAUGAACCUGUCAAAAGUAAAUCUGAUGGCCCUGAUAAUAUUUUUAAAAGAAUAUAUAACAUUUUGAAGUUUACCUGGGUUCUUUGUCUGGCAACAAUAGACAGUUUUACAGCUUGGCUAAAUUCAGUUUCAAGAGAGCAUAUUGAUAUUUCCACAGUAUUAAGAAUUGAGAGAUGUAUGCUAACUAGAGAAAUAAAAAAGGGAAAUGUUCCAACUCGAGAGAGUAUCCAUAUGUAUUACCAGAACCAUAUGAUGAAACUUUCUAGGGAAUCAGGAUUGGAUGAAAUUUAUGAGCCUGGACAGGCUGAGAGGACUGCAAGUUUAGAAUCAGCAGCUUCUCGUGACAGCGAAUCCAGUGAGGCUACCCAAGUCACUAUGCUGUAUUCCCGUCAGGGGACAGCAGAAACUAUUGAAGAGGUCGAAGGGGAGGACCAUGAAGGAGAAGAGGCAGAAACUGAACCCAUAGAAGAACAUGAAAUGGAAGAUUACUGUAUGGAUUCUGAAGGAGUUGCAUAUAUUUCUGAUUCAGAUAUGCCAUCCUAUUCUGCUAUGGAUGGCAUUGCUGAACCCCCUCCAUCAUAUAGCAAAGCUGUGAGCUUGGAACUUUUCCCCUUAGACAGUUCCCAGGAUGAUUCAUCUAGUAGAAACCAAAUGUUAGUGAGCCCAGAUGAAAAUCAGUCUGAAAAACCAGAAGAUUCUAUUCUUCCUCCUUUGACACAUGAACUAACUGCAAGUGAAUUACUACUUAACAAAAUGUUUCAAGAUGAUGAACUAGAUGAGUCUGAGAAAUUCUACGCUGGUCAACCUCGACAUUUACUUCUUAUUUAUGCUCUAUAUAAUACACUUGUAGCCCGCUCAGAAAUGGUGUGUUAUUUUGUGAUCAUUCUUAAUCAUAUGUUCUCUGCCUCAACAAUUUCCCUUGUGCUUCCUAUCCUCAUCUUCCUUUGGGCAAUGCUAUCUGUUCCAAGGCCUAGCAAACGUUUUUGGAUGACAGCUAUAAUCUAUACUGAGGUUACAAUAGUGAUAAAGUAUUUUUUCCAGUUUGGAUUCUUCCCUUGGAAUAAACAACUAGAACUAAAAAAAGAUAGACCAUAUUUUGCUCCUAAUAUUAUUGGUAUUGAGAAGAAAGAGGGUUAUGUGCACUGCGACCUUGUUCAACUACUUGCUUUGUUUUUCCAUCGGUCCAUUUUAAAGUGUCAUGGAUUAUGGGAUGAGGAAGAUGGAGGAGACAAUGGGAAUAGUAAAGAUGACUCAGAUGAUGAGUUGGCUGAAUCAUAUAGAAGAGAUUCUGCUGACUCUUUGACGUCAGUCAAUUUGGCAGCAUCUGUUGAAUCCAUACAUGUCCAUUUCCCAGAACAGCAAACCGCUAUCCGCAGGAAAAGUUCAAGCAGUGGCUCACAUUUAUCACAGAGAUCCAGCUUCUCCUCUCACCGUUCAAAGAGAGGAAGUACCAGCACACGCAACAGUAGUCAAAAAGGAAGCAGUGUGUCCAGCAUAAAAAGGAAGUCAAAAAAAGAGCUUCUGAUGGAAAAACUGAGAGAACAAUAUAUCAUCGCAAAGGCAUUUACAAUUAAAAAGACACUUCAAAUAUAUCUGCCCAUCAGACAGUUUUUCUACAAUCUUAUCCACCCGGAAUACAGUGCUGUGACAGAUGUUUAUGUCCUGAUGUUCCUAGCUGAUACUGUGGAUUUCAUUAUCAUUGUCUUUGGAUUCUGGGCUUUUGGGAAACAUUCUGCAGCAGCAGAUAUUACUUCUUCAUUAUCAGAGGACCAAGUCCCAGAGGCCUUUUUAGUGAUGGUACUAAUUCAGUUUGGAACCAUGGUAGUCGAUCGGGCACUGUACCUGAGAAAGACAGUCAUGGGGAAAGUAAUCUUUCAGGUUAUCCUUGUUUUCGGCAUACACUUUUGGAUGUUCUUUAUCUUGCCCAUUGUGACAGACAGGAAAUUUAGUCAAAACACAGUUGCCCAGCUUUGGUAUUUUGUGAAAUGUGUUUAUUUUGGAUUAUCAGCAUAUCAGAUACGUUGUGGCUAUCCAACCCGUGUACUUGGCAAUUUCCUUACAAAAAGUUAUAAUUACGUAAAUCUGUUUUUAUUCCAAGGGUUCCGCCUAGUCCCUUUCUUGACUGAAUUGAGGGCAGUUAUGGACUGGGUUUGGACAGAUACCACAUUAAGUCUUUCCAGUUGGAUCUGUGUUGAAGAUAUUUAUGCUCAUAUAUUCAUUUUAAAGUGCUGGCGAGAGUCAGAAAAACGAUAUCCCCAACCAAGGGGCCAGAAGAAAAAGAAAGUUGUGAAGUAUGGAAUGGGUGGCAUGAUUAUUGUCUUGCUGAUAUGCAUAGUGUGGUUCCCGCUGCUCUUCAUGUCUCUAAUUAAAUCUGUUGCAGGUGUCACAAAUAGGCCUCUUGAUGUAUCCAUCACAAUAACUUUAGGAGGUUACCAGCCUAUUUUUACAAUGAGCGCCCAGCAAAGUCAACUAAAAAAUAUGACAAAUAAACAGUUUCGAGACUUUAACAAUGCAUUUAAGAAGGAUACCGGUGCUUUACAGUUUCUAGAAAACUAUGCUAUAGAAGAUAUAACAGUUGCUCAGCUAGAAGGCAGUUCAAAUUCUUUAUGGACCAUCAGUCCUCCUAGCAGAAAAAAUAUGAUAAAGGAGCUCAAGGCAGAUAAUCCUGAUUUUUCUUUGGUUGUUUCAUGGAGCAUUCAAAGAAAUAUCUCUCUUGGAGCAAAAGCAGAAACAGUAUCAGAUAAAAUAUCUCACAGUCUACCAGCUGAUGCAAGAAAAAAAAUUGCAGCAAUGAUGGAAAAUCCAAAUCAACAUGUAAACCACUUUUUUGUUUUAAUAGAAAAAUUAUAUCCACAUUACGUCAAGGCACCUAGCGAUAAUGUUGCAAAACCUAUAAAACAACUCUUGGAAGGUGGGAAGUUUAAAGAUAUCACUGUUUCACUAUCCAAUAAUAACAAGUCCGGUGAAAUUCAUGAAUGGUGGGUUUUGAACCAGAAGAACAAAUUUUUGGAGCCAAAUAAAACUAGUUUGGAACUAAUAGUGUUCAGUGACAAAGUCAGUCCUCCCAGUCUUGGAUUUUUGGCAGGUUAUGGAAUCAUGGGUUUAUAUGCUUCAGUUGUGCUGGUAAUAGGAAAAUUUGUCCGUGAAUUCUUCAGUGGAAUCUCCCACUCUAUUAUGUUUGAAGAGCUUCCCAAUGUGGAUCGUAUCCUAAAGCUGUGUACAGAUAUCUUCUUAGUGCGGGAGACUGGUGAAUUAGAACUAGAGGAAGAUUUAUAUGCUAAGCUAAUAUUCCUGUACCGUUCACCAGAGACUAUGAUCAAAUGGACUAGAGAAAAAACAAAGUGAUCUAAUUGGAGUUCAAAAAAUUUGGAUUUUUUUUUGAAAAAAAAAAAGAAGCACAAAAUUCACUUUUAUAAUUGGGAAGCAAUUUUUUGUUCAUGGAAUUUGCUUGCUUCCUUAGGAAAAAAAGCUUUUUUUCCAGAUGCAACUAUUAUUAAUAUCAGAAACACUUUCUUUUCAAUUUAGUGAACAGCAUUAUCUGCAACCACAUCUAAGUUAAUUCUGAGCAGAAAAAAAGAUAUCAAAAUAGAAUAUGAGAUCUUUUGCCUGAAAAGAAAUUUUGAACUGUGCAAUUUGGUAUUUGACAUCAGUGAUUCUCAAGGAUCUACCAUGAUCCAAGUUGCUCAUCUAGGAAAU